CGCUUUUCUGACUCGCCACCGUACUUUCAGAGCAUUCUUCGUGGAGUCGAUACGAACAGCACGCGUACAUUUGACACCGAACGGAUAUUUACAAAAUAAAGGCCGACGCCGUUAUAUUGGAAGCGAGAGAAUGGGGUGUCGAGAGGUUUUUAUACUGUUGAUGUUCGCGACAUCGACACUCGCUGUUGAGGUGCCGUCAGACACAGGUACAGGACUGCUGGCUGAGCCGCAGGUGGCCAUGUUCUGCGGAAAACUCAAUAUGCACAUCAACAUUCAGACCGGAAAAUGGGAAACUGAUCCAUUCGGGACCAAGACCUGCAUCGGAACUAAAGAGGGAAUUCUACAGUACUGCCAAGAGGUGUAUCCAGAGCUGCAGAUCACCAAUGUUGUGGAGGCCAAUCAGCCAGUCAGUAUCUGGGACUGGUGCAAGAAAGGGCGCAAGCAGUGCCGCAGUCACAUGCACAUUGUGGUGCCCUACCGCUGCCUAGUCGGGGAGUUUGUGAGCGACGCUCUUCUGGUGCCUGAUAAGUGUAAGUUCCUGCAUCAAGAGCGAAUGGACAUGUGCGAGAGUCACCUGCACUGGCACACCGUUGCCAAAGAGUCUUGCGGUGACCAGAGCAUGAAUCUCCAUGACUACGGGAUGCUAUUGCCAUGUGGUAUCGACCGUUUCCGUGGAGUUGAGUUUGUGUGCUGCCCUGCAGAAACAGAAAAAGAGUCAGACAGUGCGGCCGCGGAGGAAGAUGAUUCAGAUGUGUGGUGGGGGGGAGCAGAAGCUGACUACACAGAGAACAGUAUGGCCCGAGACACUGAAACCACAGCUGCUGUAGUUCAGAAUGACGGAGAUGCUGAUGAGGAAGACGAGGAGCCGCUGGACGCAGAUCAGGAUGGAGAUGGAGAUGAGGAUGAGAAAGAUGAGGAAAAUGAUGAGGUCAUUGAUGAGCGCAGCGACAAUAGGCAGAGCACCAGUGUUGCCAUGACAACCACCACCACCACUGAGUCCGUGGAGGAAGUCGUCAGAGAGGUGUGUUUUGCAAAUGCUGAGUCGGGCACGUGUCAGUCGAUGUUGCCUCGCUGGUAUUUUGAGCGCAAGGAGGGCCGUUGCGUGCCCUUCAUCUACGGAGGCUGUGGAGGAAACCGUAAUAACUUUGAGUCAGAAGAGUACUGUCUAUCCGUCUGCAGCAGUGUGUUGCCCACUCCCUCCUCCAGCCCACUGGACGCUGUGGAUCGGUACCUGAAAACCCCCGCAGACGAGAACGAACACGCUCACUUCCUGAAGGCCAAAGAGAGUCUGGAGGCCAAACAUCGUGAGCGCAUGUCACAGGUGAUGAGAGAAUGGGAAGAGGCCGAGAGACAGGCCAAGAGUCUGCCACGUAACGACAAGAAAGCCGUCAUCCAGCACUUUCAGGAGAAGGUGGAGGUGCUGGAGCAGGAGGCCGCUAGUGAGCGACAGCAGCUGGUGGAGACGCACAUGGCUCGAGUGGAGGCGCUACUGAUUGACCGACGGCGGCUCGCCCUGGAGAGUUACCUCGCCGCCCUGCAGGCAGAUCCACCCAGGCCACGUCACGUGUUCAGUCUGUUGAAGAAGUACAUACGAGCGGAGCAGAAAGACCAACAGCACACUCUCAAACAUUUUGAACAUGUGCGCAUGGUCGACCCCAAGAAAGCUGCACAGUUUCGUCCGCAGGUGUUGACCCAUCUGCGUGUGAUAGAGGAGCGGAUGAAUCAAUCUCUCGGGCUGCUGUACAAGGUGCCGGGUGUUGCAGAAGACAUUCAGGACCAAGUUGAGCUGUUGCAGCGGGAGCAGCAGGACAUGUCCUUGCAGUUGGCGAACCUUCAGAGUGACGUGCGGGUGAGUUAUGGUAACGAUGCCCUGAUGCCCGACAGCACCGUCAGUCUCGAUCUGUUACCUGCUGGAGACACGCAAGGUUUUGGCUUCAUCCACCCUGAGAGCUUCAAUCAGCCCAACACACAGAACGAAGUUGAGCCUGUUGAUGCUAGACCUGUUCCUGACCGAGGACUCCCGACACGACCCGUAUCUGGACUGAAUCCUGAAGAUGUUCCUGAGUUGCGGAUGGAGGCUGAAGAGAGACACAGUGACGUUUACCACCAGAAACUGGUUUUCUUCGCAGAGGAUGUCAGCUCCAAUAAAGGAGCUAUUAUUGGCCUGAUGGUUGGUGGUGUUGUCAUAGCAACCAUCAUUGUCAUCACACUGGUGAUGCUGAGGAAGAAGCAGUACACGUCCAUUCGUCACGGGAUCAUUGAGGUGGAUGCUGCAGUGACUCCAGAGGACUGUCAUCUGUCCAAGAUGCAGCAGAAUGGUUAUGAGAAUCCCACCUAUAAGUUCUUUGAGCAGAUGCAGAACUGAUGGUGUAAACGUUUCCCUAAACCCCUCCACCCACCCCUCAGGAUGGGACAGAGCAUGUGACGGCAUAUGUAGCUCACGGCUACAAAAUCACGCUUCUUAUUGGUCCAUGUCUGUUAAAUGCAUUAUUGAUAUUCAAUUUAAUGUACAGUUCAAAUUCAGUUCAGUGUACAAUUCUAAUUGAAAAUCAAUCCAUAAUUCAAAUAUAAUUAUCAUUUCAGGUGCAGUUCAAAUUCAGUGUAUAAUUAUAAUUCAAUUCCUUGCAUGAUUCAAAUGCAUAAUUAAAAUCCAAUGUGCAAUACAAAUUUUGUUCAAAUUCAAUACAUAAUUCAAAUUUCAGUUCAAUUCAGUAUACAAAUCAAAUUCAAUGCAUAUUUUGAAAUUCAUUUCAGUUCACAAUUGCAAUUCAAUGCAUCCUUCAAAUCCAAUACAUAAUUACAUUUCAAUGCACAAUUUGUAAAUUCUGUUUGGUUCGCAAUUCAAUGCAUCUUUCAAAUUGAAUGCAUAAUUCGAAUUCAGUGCACAAUUAUAAUUCAAUGCAAUUCAAUCUAAAUAAAAAAUUCACCCCAGAAUUUUUAACUAAUGAAAACCAUUUGAUUUAGUUUAAUUAGAGUUGAUAUAUAAAUCUCUAAGUUGCCUUAAAUGUAGGUAAAUGUGAUCUUUAGACUCCAGUACAGUAACAGAGCUGUAGCAGGUUCAGGUCUUGGCUGGAAUCGGACUUUGUUUAGUCAACACUAGUUGUUUCAUGUUUAAGGCUGUUGAGUUACUGGUUUGUCCGCUGCACUGUCUGUCUCACACUACUAAACAAUUAAACACUGGAACAUCAGUGGCUUCAUCCUCUUAGACAAACCCCCCCCCCAAUUGCACCAUGACUGCAGCUGUGCUGUGUUUGGUGACGCAGGUCAUAGACAAUAAUAUUGAUCACAAAAAAUUGUGAAAUUGACGUCUUUAUGAACGAGAUCUUGAAAAUAUUUUAUUGAUUGUUUCUGGUUUGUUUUUCAAAAAAUAAGAAAAGAAAUCAAUGUAAAAAUGAAUACAUUUUUUAUUUUUUUUUUAUGUCGUCACUAUUGAAGUAAUGCAAAAAAAAAAAACAAAAAAAAAAAAACAAUAAGAAUAAGAAUAGUUGUAACUGUAGUGCAUGAUAAAACAAAAUAUGAAACGAACUGCUAUUUAAAUCUUUAUCUUUUCUCACGUAGAGACAUUUUAGAAGGUUUAACGGUUAGUAACUUGACUUGAGUCACACAAAAAAUAAAUGAAAUUGGCUUUCUGCUUUGAUCAAAUUUAAAUCAGUGGUUCUCAACUGGUUUUGAUUCGGGACCAAUAUUUAAUUUUAGACAUAAAGCAGCAACUGAACACAGUACUAAAACUGUUUAUCGAACAUAAAAAUGUUCUUAAAAUCAGAUAUUGAGGUUAUUAACAUUUAGGUUUGUAAAGGAUGGCGGCAUGUCAUGCAACCUGUCCAUAUUGACAUCUGUCUAAUUUGGCUCGUUUCUACCGAAUGAAACAAUUAAUUUUGGCCAAAAUACAAAAAAAAGGUUUGAUCGGACAUACUUUUUAAAAGUCUAUUAUGCCAGUGUUAAAAUAUACAUUUAUAUAGCUUGUUGUUUUGCAUUUAGCAUCGUUUUCCCUGCUGUCUGGGAUCAGAACAUAACUGAGACCCAUUUUUGAAUCGUGACCCAACAGUUGAAAACCACUGAUUCAAAAUCAUGUGCUUUUAUUUUAAUAUCUUGUUUGCUUUUUAUGAAAUGAAACUCCAGCUCUGGACUGCUGGUUAAGGUUAUCAGUGUACAUUACUAUCUUUAAGUUAAAUUUUUCUUAUCCUAUGCAUUUCAGAGAUUUAUUUACUACUUUAUAAACAGCUAUUUAAUUUAGAUUUUCCAUUGGACUCGUGGUUGUAUGUGUUUUUUAAGCGGGUGUUCUUGGUUGGGAUGGGUGGGACGGGACAUUUUCUAUAUGUUUGUAAUCAGUCAGUUUUGUGUUGUUGCAUCACUCUAUGUGAGCAGAAGUAGAAAACGUCUUUCACCUCUUUGUUUCUUGUUUGUCUCAUGUUACACAGCAGCACCACUGAAGCUUGUGAAAUCUCAUUGCGCUUAUUCUUUGCUGCAGAAACAGAUGUAGCAAUUUUGAAACCUGUCAGGAUUCACUGAAAUUCAAAUGUAAUGCAUAAUUCAGAUUCAUUGCAAAUUCAAUACACAAUUUAAAGUCAAAGCGUAAUUCAAAUUCAGUUCAACUUCAAUACACAGUUCAAAUUCAGUGCAUAAUUAAAAUUCAAUUUCAUGCACAGGUCAAAUUCAAUGCAUAAAUUCUGCAUUAAUGCAUGAAACCUGUCAGGAACAUUUCCAGGUCAAAAUUUCACCCCUAGGUCAAAAGUAAGAAAUGUUAAAUAAAUUUUGCAUAAAUGCAUAAAGAAAGUGAAGCCUAUUUUUAGGACCAUAAUAAUGUUUACGCAUUGUGACAUUAUUUUUUAUGAUAAUCACAAUUCUCCUUAAAGCCUCAUUACUGUAAUGUGAAGAAAUAAUUUUAUUUUACAUCCAUCAUGUAAAAACAUGCUAGUAUUUGUUGUACUGAAUUUUCGGUCAAUUUUAGUUUAUAAACAGAAAUUGUGUCUGAAACUGAUGGUUAACAUUAUUGUAUUACAGUAAAAAGAAUGAGAUUUGUUUUUCUUUUUUUUUUUUUUGCCUGUGGGGAGGAAAAUGUGUUUAAUUAUCAUGCAAAUAAUAUCACAAUGCAAAAAAAAAAAAUUAUAAUAAUAAUCUCAGCUACAUUUCAUUUUCUCCAUGCAAAAAUGUAUUUUUGUUUUUAGGAUGAAAUGCAACCUGAUUAUUCACCCAGAAUGUCUUUGUUGAUUAAUUCUGAAUGCAACAUGAACUGCUUCUUUUGCCUGUAGUUAACACAUCCCACCUCAGAAAGGUUCAUAAUCAAAUAUAAACCUGUAUAAUGAAUGUCAGUCAAUCGUUUACUUAAUCGACUCUCAAGACAAACAAAUCAGUGAUGAAUGUUUAUCAUGGACAAAUAUUUUCAUGUUUAUUUUAUCUGGAUGGGAUUUCUCAGUGUGGAUUGCUGUAUAGUGCUGUGGUUGGAUCAGAUCUGGAAUGGUUUUUAAAUGUUGACUGACUGCACAUUAGUUCUACAGAAAGCUGAUGAGCUUCUUCAGUGGCAUUUCAUUCUUCUCUGUGUAACAUUUGCUUUGAUUGGAAAAACAAUUACGUUUUCUACAAUGUAUUCCAUAAAUAAAGAUUUGAAUGUA